CUCCUCUAAUGGGGCAGAAGCACGCCAUGGUUGGUGUUGAUGAUGUCUUGAAUGACAUAAUGGAUAAGCUCACCGGACAACAAUCUGGUUGCCGUAUCGUCCCAAUAGUUGGGAUGGGCGGUAUUGGUAAGACUGCACUUGCUAGAAAUGUUUAUGAGAAUCCGCUUAUUGUACAAUACUUUGACACUUGUGCUUGGGUUACAGUUUCUCAAGAAUAUAACAUACGAGAAAUUUUGUUAGAACUUGUUUGUCCAGAAAGAAAAGAGAGCAAGGAAAUGCUGAGUGGAGAUGCAUUAGGAGAAAUGUUGUAUAGAAGUUUAUGUGGUAGAAGGUAUUUGAUUGUAAUGGAUGAUAUGUGGAGUAUUGAGGCAUGGGAUAAGAUAAAACUGUUCUUUCCAAGUAACAACAAGGAAAGUAGAAUAAUGAUAACCACUAGGCUGUCAAACUUGGCUUUGCAAAUAAGUGGCUCUCGUGGCCUUACAAUGAAUUUUCUGAAGGAGAACGAAAGUUGGGAUUUGUUUUGUAACACUGUGUUUGGAGAAAAAAGUAGUUGCCCUCUUGAAUUAGAGGAAAUUGGAAAGAGAGUUGCCAAAAAUUGCAAAGGACUUCCUUUGUCACUCAUUCUGAUUGGAGGGCUCCUAGCAAAGUCGGAAAAGACAAGAAAUUACUGGGAAUACAUUGCAGAAAAUUUAAGUUCAAUUGUGAAUUUAGAGGACAACAAACGUUGCUUAAGAGUACUGUAUAUGAGUUAUCUGGAGUUACCAAUUCAUUUAAAGCCAUGCUUCCUUUAUAUGGGAGUUUUUCCUGAAGACAAAGUGACUUAUGUUUCAAGGCUUAGAAAACUUUGGGUUGCGGAAAGAUUUCUAAAACCAAUUAGUGGCAAAAGCUUAGAAGAGGUAGCAGGAGAGUACUUGAAGGACCUUAUCGACAGAAAUCUUAUUAUAGUCCAUAGGUUAGGAUCUAGUGGAAAAAUAAGAUCAUGCAAAAUGCAUGAUCUCUUGAGGGAUCUAUGCUUAAGAGAAGCUCAAAAGGAGAAGUUUCUUUGUAGUCUUGAAAUCGGACAAGCUAAAACUAUCCAUCGUCGUAUUGUUGUACAUCAAAACUCUUCAAUGGAGAAAUAUGAUACCUCUAAAAUUUUGCACUCGGCACAACUUCCUCGUUCUUUGACAUGUGAUGUUCAGGAAGCUUUCCCGUUGGAUUCUUUGAGAUUGUUGAGGGUACUCAAACAGACUUAUUCCGAGGAUUUACAUUAUUUAAGGAGAAAGGAUUGGUAUCCGAUAGAAGCUAUUUUCAAGCUAGUUAACUUGCAGUAUCUAGCUUUCUCCGCGGAGAUGAAUUUGAGCUCUAGUUUUCCUUCUUCAAUGCACCUUCUUUGGAAUUUACAAACAUUGAUUGUUAAGAGGACUGAUGGGCAGCUCAUUUAUGCUCCACCUGAGAUUUGGAAAAUGCAUCAACUUAGGCAUGUGCAGGUCCCUGGACUUGGCCUCCCAGAUCCACCCACAACCACUGCCACCAAGGAUGAGUUUGUUUUGCCAAACCUGCAGAAGAUGUCUCAGAUUAAGAACUUUAAAUGUGCUGAAACAGUGGUUGUGAGAAUUCCCAAUAUCAGGAAGCUGCAUAUAUUUUAUUCUGAAUCAUCCAUUUCGCAGUACUGUCCCGAAAAUCUUGGCUAUCUACAGAAACUGGAAUCCCUUUACGUCAGUUUAAUUAGUGAAGUAAGAGGGAUUGAUUUGGAGAGGCUGAGCUUCCCGCACUCGCUCAAGAAGUUGACUUUGUGGGGCGGUGGUUUUCAAUGGAAACAAAUAAAUGCAAAGAUAGGUUCAUUGCCCCUCCUUCAAGGGCUCAAAUUGUAUAAUGACUCUGUUAAAGGGGGCAUUUGGAAUACAGUUGAAGGGCAAUUUUGCAGCCUAAGAUUCUUGCAAAUGACUUGCAUUUAUAAACUGAAUCGCUGGAGGGUGGAUAGUAGCCACUUUCCAUGCCUCAACAUCCUUCGACUUGUAGAGCUACGUAAAUUACAGAAAAUUCCUUCAAGUUUUGCAGAAAUUCAAACACUUGAAUUGAUCGAGUUGUAUAUGUGUAGAGAUUCUGCCGUCCUUUCUGCCAAGGACAUAGCAGAGCAACAGGAGGAGUUUGGGAACCAUGACUUUCGAGUUGUAGUCUGGGUGGAGCCUAACUCUGAACUAAAGAGCUUGGCAACUCAUAAUUUUCAUGUUUUUUCAAGUGGGUCUAGAAGGUAAAAUGUUGAGGAGCCAUUUUCGGCUAAAG